CGGACGCGGGGGCGGCGGGAGCGCGGACAGCACAGCUGCCCGGGAGUCGGCGAGGGGACCCCGGCCUGCGCGCAUCCAAGUGAGGGCUGCGCCCCGCCAGCCCCGGCUCCGGAAGCCUCCCCGCCUGCACCCCACCGCACGCGCCGCACAGCCAUGAACACCAACGACGCCAAGGAGUACCUGGCCCGGAGGGACAUUCCUCAGCUUUUCGAGAGCCUUUUGAAUGGCUUGAUGUGUUCCAAGCCUGAAGACCCCGUAGAGUACUUGGAAAGUUGUUUACAGAAAGUCAAGGAGUUAGGAGGCUGUGACAAGGUGAAAUGGGACACAUUCGUCAGCCAGGAGAAGAAGACUCUACCGCCGCUGAACGGAGGCCAAUCUCGGAGAUCCUUCCUCAGAAACGUAAUGCCUGAAAACUCAAACUUCCCUUAUCGACGGUAUGACCGGCUUCCCCCCAUCCAUCAGUUCUCCAUAGAGAGUGACACGGACCUGUCUGAGACCGCAGAGCUGAUCGAAGAGUACGAGGUUUUUGACCCGACUAGGCCGCGGCCCAAGAUCAUCCUCGUCAUAGGUGGUCCAGGAAGCGGGAAGGGCACUCAGAGCUUGAAAAUUGCAGAGCGGUACGGAUUCCAGUACAUUUCGGUGGGAGAACUCUUGAGAAAGAAAAUCCACAGCGCCAGCAGCAACAGAAAGUGGAGUCUGAUUGCCAAGAUAAUCACCAACGGGGAGCUGGCCCCACAGGAAACAACCAUCACCGAGAUAAAACAAAAGCUGAUGCAAAUACCUGACGAAGAAGGCAUUGUGAUUGAUGGAUUCCCAAGGGACGUUGCCCAGGCUCUGUCUUUUGAGGACCAGAUCUGCACCCCUGACCUGGUGGUGUUCCUGGCCUGUGCCAACCAAAGGCUCAGAGAGAGAUUAGCGAAGCGUGCAGAGCAACAGGGACGGCCCGAUGACAAUCUGAAAGCCACCCAAAGGAGACUAGUAAACUUCAAGCAGAACGCUGCGCCGCUGGUGAAAUACUUCCAGGAGAAAGGACUCAUCAUGACUUUUGAUGCUGACCGAGACGAGGACGCCGUGUUCUAUGACAUCAGCGUGGCGGUCGACAACAAGUUAUUUGCAAACAAAGAGGCUGCAACAGAUUCAGGUGACCUUGACCCUUUGAUGUUUGAUGCUGGAGAGAUCGUGGAUACAGGAUCAGACUAUGAUGACCAGGGUGAUGAUCAACUAAAUGUGUUUGGAGAGGACACCAGGGGAGGCUUAAUGGAGGAUUUGAGGAAAUGUAAAAUUAUUUUCCUGAUGGGUGGCCCUGGCUCUGGCAAAGGCACCCAGUGUGAGAAACUGGCAGAAAAAUACGGAUUCACUCAGCUGUCUACUGGUGAGCUCCUGCGGCAGGAACUGGCCUCAGAGUCGGAGAGAAGCAGACUGAUCCGUGACAUCAUGGAACGUGGAGACCUGGUGCCCUCGGGUGUCAUCCUGGAGCUGCUGAAGGAGGCCAUGGUGGCCAGCCUGGGCAACACCAAGGGCUUCCUGAUUGACGGCUACCCCCGGGAAGUGAAGCAAGGGGAAGAGUUUGGACGAAGGAUCGGAGACCCACACCUGGUGAUCUGCAUGGACUGUUCGGCAGACACCAUGACCAACCGCCUUCUGCAGAGAAGCCAGAGCAGCCAGCGCGGGGAGGACACCGCCAAAACCAUUGCCAAGCGCCUGGAGGCCUACCACCGAGCGUCCAUUCCUGUCAUCGCCUACUACGAGACAAAGACGCAGCUACGGAAGGUAAAUGCAGAAGGAACACCAGAUCAAGUAUUUCUUCAGCUCUGCACAGCUAUUGACUCUGUUUUCUGAAGGAGAAAAUGUUAAGGAAAGCAGAGAUGGAGAAACACGACAUUCACCCCUUAAACUUUUUCCCUUCGCCCCCUCCAAUCCCAGCGGGCCUGUUUCCUUCCCAGCGCAACCCACGUGAACGUUAUCUGGAAGCCAUGCAUGGUAUCUUCAGGAAUGUCCACCCUCUCCUCCCGUAGACAACGGUCCCCUUUGGUACACUUGUUUUUCUGUCACCAGGCUAUACCUCAGAACAGCAGGAUGGGAAGAGCAGCGUGGGAUCUGUCUGUGCUAGCUGUGCCCGGGGCCACCUGGAGUCUGAGCCGUCACACAGAGAGAACAUAUCCCUAACUCUGCAUCACAGCUUCCUUCUCGCCCACUUAUCUGUUCCUCCCUGGUGUGGGUCCUGGGCAUGGGGACGAGCUUGGACUGGCUCUGUCUCUCCAGUUUCAUCCAGGAGGGGUCUGGAGUUCUGGGGGGACCUUUGAAUGCCCAACAAGUUUUCAAAAUGAGACGCUGUCCAGCUUCUCCGAGACAGCAGAACUGCGACCAGGACUAUCAAUUGGGGGGAGACUAGCACCAUGGAACAGCGUCACAGAUGCUAACGCGCCUGAGCAGCUGCACGAGCCACUCUCCAUGUGGUGGUACGUCCCAGCAGUUCCACACUUAGUGUCAGAGACCGGAAGUGAUUUAGAGGCAGAAGAGACGGUUGUUACUUCACUCACUGGGCAAAACCAUGUUGUUCUGACCAGAGGUGAUCACACCAAGUGCUGGGGCCAGGCUGGUGUGUGUGUGUCCUGAGGCUCCUGUGUUGUGUUUCAUGGGCCUGCUCCAUGGGUAAACACCUGCAUCACACCAGUGACGCGAGCACCUUUUGUACUGAGUUGUUGAAGUGGAGCUGCUGUCUUCUGAAAUACCUGCAUCUUACACUCAACCACUACCCAACACGCAGUUCGGGUUGCAUGAUUCUUUUCCUCAUGAGUGUGCAAAUACCGAAUGGUUUCCAGGACAGAACUGUAUUUUUAAAAUCAUUUUUUCCCCUUAAAACAGUUAUAUACAAAUGAAAUAAAUGGAAGCAAGGAUAA